AUGGAUGUUCUUUUACGACCAGCUGUAUUGGCGCCAGCGCUGCUGGCCACAGGAUGGCUCGUUUAUCUGCUUCUGAAGCCUUCGAAGCUGCCACAGCUUCCUGUAAUAGGAGCACGGCCUGGCGAGUGGUUUUCCCUCACACGAGCGAGAUGGCGCAACGCAAGAGAUAUGCGGGAUGCAACACUCGUGGCGUACAAGCAAUAUCGUGAUCAGCCAUGCCUCCUCCCUAUUGCUGGCGGCAACGACAAUGUCGUCUUGCCAAUCAAGGAACUUCAGUGGCUGCUGGAUCAGCCAGACUCAGUUCUCAGUAUGCACGCCUCGACCAGUGAGGAUCUGCAGCUUCAACACACAAUCAUGGACCCCAAGCUCGUCGGUGAGAACCCACUGCACCAGCAACUUAUUUCGACGACCCUGACCAGAGAGACUGGAAAUCUUAUCCCUGAGCUAUAUGAUGAGUUACGCCAAAGCAUUGAUGAAAUCUGGGGCAAGGACACCUUGACCCACCGAGAGGUGGUGGUUUGGGAUGUCAUGCAGCGGGUUAUUGGCCGAGUCACUAACAGGGUGUUUGUCGGUUUGCCGCUUUGUCGCAAUGAGGAGUUGUUGAAGACCGGCAUUGCCUGUGCACAAGAUAUUCCCGUCACGGCGACGCUGCUCCGCUUCAUUUGGAAACCUCUCCGGCCAAUUGUUGGGCUGUUCAUCACUAUGCCUCACCGCAUUCACACGAACCGAUUUUAUCGUAUCAUGAAACCAGAGAUUGAUCGCCGUCUAAAAGCAUUUGAUGCCCAGCAGGUUGAUCCCGAAGCGAAAGCAUCGAAAAGCGAGUCGAACGACUUCUUGCAAUGGUCCAUCAAGCAGGCCAAAGCCACUGGCGAUCCGUAUCACUGGAAGUCGUACAGUCUAGCGUGCCGCAUAAUGUUGUUGAAUUUCGCCUCCAUACAUACGUCCUCGUUCGCUAUCACGCAUGUCCUACUUGACCUGGCCUCAUCGAAGCAGGAAUAUAUCGAUGAACUGCGUGAAGAGAUCCGGGAAGUCCUUGCAGAUCACGGCGGACAAUGGAAUAAGCGUACGCUUGCAGCUCUAUCCAAGUUAGAUAGCACAAUGCGGGAGUCACAACGACUCAACUCUUUUGCAACACUUGCCACCAGUCGGACUGUUGUUGCACUGAACGGUGUCAAAACGCCUUCUGGUGUUGAAGUACCGUUUGGUGCAAGAGUCUGCGCACAGUCUUACCCCGUUUUCCAUGACGAGAGCAUAUACCCGGAUCCGUACAAUUUCAGACCAUUUCGGUUUGCCGAGAAGCGAAACAAUGCUACCGAAGGCACAUACAUCGAAAAGGCACGUCAAGCAUGGGCAACAACUAGCACUGAGUAUACGGCUUUUGGUCACGGACGACAUGCAUGCCCUGGCAGGUUUUUCGCGUCGAGCGAGUUGAAACUUAUGCUCGCAUACAUCCUAAUGAACUAUGAUCUAGAAUUUCAAGAGAAGCGGCCGGACAAUAUAUGGUUCGGCAUGAACAGGAUGCCACCGAUGAAGGCGACAUUGAAGUUUAAGCGGAGAUCGAUUUAG